CCUCUGUCUCUCUCUGUGGGAGGAGGAGGCUGCCGGGCAGCUGCCGGCCAGCUGAGCUGUGUCAGUGACGUCAGUCUGUGACGCAGGUUCUUCCUCCAUCACUAGUCGAGCCCACUGACAGAAAACACCUAGAAACGAAGCGAGCCUUCACGAUCUGUGGAAACAUGUAGUUAGAUCACACAGUUCAGCACAUUACGACAACAGGAGGUUUGGUGGAGCAGCACCGUCACAUGGACAGUUAACAUGGGGGGCCAUGAUGAUGAAGAUCUGCCAUAUGUAGUGAAUAAACAGAAACACGAUGAAGAGCUGAAGAACCAGCUGAAUGACAGCAGUCACUGGUGCGAGCAGGAGGCCACUGGCAACAAGGCCAAGUGGGUGAAAGAAGGCCAGAACCAGCUGAGGAGAGUAGCUGAGAACCAACAGGACCAGGACCACAACUGCAAUAUCAGCCAGAAUGGGAACAAGGAGGACUUCCCCCAACAGAUCAGCACUCAGGAAGAACAACAGGGAAACCAGGAGCAGACCAAGUCUCCCAAAAUAGUACUGAGCCCAGGUCUCAGUCAGGAGGAGUCCAAGAACAUCCUUAAUGAGCCGCUACUCAUCCACACUCUGGAGUCCACAGAAGAGAAAGAGACAGAGAGAGAGGAAGAUGAUAAAGAGAAGGAAAAGACAUCAGAGGAAGAUGAAGAGGCAUCAGGAGACACCAGAGGAGAGGGGACAGAAGAUCAGAGUGAUGUGGAGUCUCAGAGAGACGCCAGUGUUGUAGGGAGAAAUGCCUGCCUCCUCUUCUCCAACAUGAAUGGGACACCAAAUGAUGAAGAGUCCAGCUGGCCUCCACUGUCUCAGGACAACCCGGCCGACAGCUCUCCAAACGGCAACAGAGAGUCCUUUUGGGAUUCCAGUGCCUUUGAGACUGACACAGACCUGCCUUCAGGGUGGAUGAGGGUGCGCGACACAUCAGGCACAUACUACUGGCACAUCCCCACAGGCACCACCCAGUGGGAGCCUCCUUCACCCCUGGGUAAAGUUGGCGACUCCAUGAUGUCCUCCACUAUGUCCCUGGAGACUACACCCUGUGAGGAGACUGAGGAAUCCUGGGCUCACCUUUCCAGCACAGAUGAAGCAGUCGGUGAAGGGGAACUGUGGAAUGAGGAGGGAGAGGUCACAUCUGAUCAAAGUCUGAAAGAGUUUGAAGGAGCAACUCUACGCUAUGCAUCCAUCAACCUGAAUUACAAUUGCUCCCAGUCUGAAGAAGAAGAGAAGCUUGCUCCACUCUGCACAGAUUUAGAAACUAAGUGUUUUGCAGUGCGUUCCCUGGGCUGGGUGGAGAUGUCUGAGGAGGACAUGGUACCCGGCAAGAGCAGCGUUGCUGUCAACAACUGCAUCAGGCAGCUCUCUUAUCACAAACACAACCUUCAUGACACUGCCGGUAUCUGGGGAGAGGGUAAGGACAUGCUGAUGGUGCUGGAGAAUGACACUAUGAACUUGAUUGACCCACUGGGACAGACUCUGCUUCAUGCUCAGCCCAUUGGCAGCAUCCGUGUUUGGGGUGUUGGCAGAGACAACGGCAGGGAAAGGGAUUUUGCUUACGUGGCUCGAGACAACCUGACUCAGGUUCUGAAGUGUCAUGUUUUCCGCUGUGACUCACCUGCCAAGAACAUAGCCACCAGCCUCCAUGAGAUGUGUUCAAAGAUAAUGAUGGAGAGGAAGGCAACCAAGCCAGGAGUGAGCAGGCUCAGCUCUGACCCGAGUAACCCUGUAGUCAUCCCUAUUGAAGAGUUUCCUGCUCCGAAAAAUGAGCUCUUCCAGCGCUUCCAUGUUUAUUACCUUGGUUGUGAGGCUGUGGCUAAGCCAGUCGGUAUGGAUAUAAUCAAUGAUGCGCUCGAGGCAGCAGUUAAUGACAAAGAUAAAGCUGACUGGACUCCUGUCUCAGUGAAUAUCGCUCCAGCCACCCUCACAAUACUUUCAAAACAGAGUGAGGAGGUGCUGUCAGAGUGCAGGGUGCGUUUCCUGUCUUUCAUGGGUGUGGGAAAGGACGUCCACACCUUUGCUUUCAUCAUGGCGGAGGGUCCCCAAGAUUACACCUGUCACAUGUUUUGGUGCGAACCCAACGCAGCUAGUCUGAGUGAGUCUGUACAGGCGGCCUGCAUGCUUCGCUACCAGAAGUGUUUGGAUGCACGUCCGCCCAGCCUGGCCUCCUGCCUGCCGACUCCUCCCGCUGACUCUGUGGCUCGACGGGUCAAGAAGGGGGUGCAGAGUCUGCUGGGCAGCUUUAAGAGCUACAGGUCAGGCUCUCAAUCCCCGUGAGUUGGAGUGAAGAUGAUCCACAGUCCAUUAAACACAAGGUCCAUCAUCACAGCCCCUUCUCAAUGUCACUUCUCUUCCUCUCAUCCUUCUGCCACAGUUUCGCCUUACGACCGUCUCACUUGUCUAGUCACUAGUCUGGUGUGUGGAGUAGUUUGUGGGGAAAUUAGUGUGUGAAAAGAUUUCAUUUCUUUCCUUUUUUGGCCGUUACUUUCUCAUUUUAAACUCCCAUCUCCAAACAGAUAAAACCCUGGCAUCUAUAUUUUUUCUGUGCUGGGAUUAUUUCUGUGAGUCUUAACUAUUUUUGUGUUUUAACAGAAACAAUGCUAUGAAUGUUGGAUAUGGAUGUAAUAUAUACAGUAUUUACAUGCAGGCGCUAGACUUUGCUUGAUUGCUAGAUUCUCUCACAGAAAUUUCUCGUUCUCUUUCCCUCCUCGGUGCAAUUAUCAUCUCUAACACUCCUCCUUUUCUACUUUUAAACAAGGUACUGUAACACAGCCGUCGUCAGUUGGUGUCAAGUAUCCUAAUAUUGAUUUUCUAAAAUAUCAUUGCACCUCUCUCUCCACCACCUUUAGGAUGUAACACAAGCGCUGUAGGCAUCUCAGUAGUGUGCCACGUAUAGUUCUAUGUCCCUCCCAAACAAUGUAUUUUAGUCUUCCAAAGAGCUGUAUGGUCAUCUGUCACGUAGUGAGCAACCACUGAUUUGAGUGUAGUGUGUUUCUCAUACAUUCUGCAUGAACAUUUGCAAGUUCAGUGCUAGUGUGCAAUAAUCAGAUGUUCCUGUAUGGUGUGGUGACACGAUGGCUGCCUUGUGAUUCAUUUGUUCACUUUAAUGAGAGAGUCUGGCGUGAUUUGGGUGCGAGGCUAAUGGAACAACAGAGCCAUGUUGAAAUUCAUUAUCUUGUGAUAGAAAUAAUAGUAAUAAAAAAUACAAACUCUGGGUUUUCACACCGCCGUUCACCCCCACCGUCUACUGAAUAGUACUGUAGAAACUCACCACAAGCUGCAUGUUUUGAUAGCUUAGAGUUCUCGCUGCUUGCAGCAGUUUAGUGCUUAAGACCCAUCAAUGUAUCCUGUAAAUUCUUUCUCUGUGUUUCUGUACGGUAAGAGGAGGAUGGAGUUGAUGUGUUGUUUCGUGUUUCAUAGGCAUGUCACUCUAGUUAGUGUCAGUGUUUAUCAUAAGCUAGCAGUAGAGAGUUAGACUUCCUGUCAGUUCCUUCAGACUGAAAAGAUGAGAGCAGAUUAAUGUUUGUAUUUACAGUUUGUGUAUAUGGGAAACCCACAGAUGAUUUCUCCCCAGUGGUUUACAUUUUUAUUUUUUCCUAGGCCACAUUUUGACACGUGUGUGCCCGGCCACUCCAGUUAAUGUAUUUUUUAUUGUUUCCACACAUUACAAUGUACACUAUUAAGAUGAUAUUCAGAUUAGUUGGUUAGAUUGACUUUUUAUAAAGAAAACACUAAUUAGCCAAGUUGUAUUUGAUCUUUAUGUGUCUGUCAGUGAUCAAUACUGUAUGUAGCACAAUAGUACUAGUCCUCUCUAAUAUUAAAGAUGCAGUUUGUAAGAUCUUUUGGUAAUUUUGACCUCUGCAAGGCAUUCGUUUGGCCACAUUGAGACAUUGGUAGCUACUUACUGGAUAUCCUCAGGCUAACUGACUCCACUACAUAUAUAGAUCAAAAUAAGACAAAACUACAAUAAAUGACAACAAAUGAUGUGAAAAAGAAUGUAUAGACAUAACAAAUACAACUUUGAACAAAAGAAUCCAUCUCUGAAACAGUGAUUUGUUAAUGGAUAACGUUGUGUCCACGUCAUCAUGCUGAUGUGAAGAAGUGAGACUGUGUUAAAUGUUUCAGUCUAAAUGGUGUGUAAUGAUACACCUAUGGUCUAAACUAAAGCCAUUUUGAAGUAGUUUUGAUUAAGUUUCAUUUACCUGUUAUCAGCAUUGAAUUGUUCAUAACUUUUAAACUUUCUAAAUGUUUUGUUUUUCAAGAAACACUCAUAUUUGAUAUUAUUUUUAUAUCUAAAAAAAAAAAGCUGAAAUCAUAAGUGUCCCCAAAGUAGUGCUAAAAGAAGUUUAGUAUUUGUAAAAUAGCAACAAAAGAUAUGUUUGAAACAUAUGGAUUGGAAAUGAAUCCCAUUUGAGUAUAGAGAUAGAUACGAUAGGGAAGUGUGACACUGACCUUAUUGUACGACCUUGUCACCUCAUUUUGAAAGCAAAGCGGCGCUUUCUAAUGACUGGCCUUUAUCAAACUUACAUUCAUAGAUUCCUCUAGAUGUUUUUAACAUUUUAGAAGUUGUCACUAACACUAAAUCUAAACUAAAACUCUUACCAACUGCUUCUUUAUAUGUAUAAGAUAUAACACUAAUGCAAUUUAGUCUACAUCGACUCAUAUUACUGCCAUGUCACUCAUGUGUCACUUGGAAUUCUUUUUGCUUUUUCAAAGUGCUGUGUCCAGUCGGUGGCAACACUAAAGCCAGAUGAGUCAAAGAACAUUAGCAGAUUAAAUUAUUUCUGUUCAUGUAAAUUAGGUGUAUAAAAUGUAUGUAUAUAAAAGUCACUGCACAAUAAAUGUGAACAUAUCCUAA